CCCCCCUCACAGGGGGUCUGCAACUCAUCAAACCACGUUCAGAAUGGAGCAACAUUUCCUUGGGCUGAUGCUAAUGGAAAGGCACAUUUCAAUCUUAGGAAUCCAGAGAGAGCAAAUGGGUCUGAUGGCCUGGUAAUAACAGACAUUUCAAGUCUAGCAAGUCAAAAGAAGACGUUUGAUCCCAGGAAAGAAAAUCCCAUCGUGUUACUUAGCGACUUUUACUAUGGACAGCAUAAAGGAGAUGGGCAGCCAGAACAGAAGACUCACACCACCUUUAAAUGCCUCAGUUGCAUGAAAGUUCUAAAAAAUAUUAAGUUUAUGAAUCACAUGAAGCAUCACUUGGAGUUUGAGAAGCAGAGGAACGACAGUUGGGAUAACCACACCACCUGCCAGCACUGCCACCGGCAGUUUCCCACUCCCUUCCAGCUACAGUGUCACAUUGACAGUGUGCACAUCGCCAUGGGGCCCUCUGGUGUCUGUAAGAUCUGUGAAUUGUCAUUUGAAACAGAUCAGGUCCUCUUACAACACAUGAAGGACCAUCAUAAGCCUGGCGAAAUGCCCUAUGUGUGCCAGGUUUGCCAUUACAGAUCAUCGAUCUUUGCUGAUGUGGAAACACAUUUUAGAACGUGCCAUGAAAACACAAAGUAUUUGCUUUGUCUGUUUUGUCUCAAACUUUUCAAAACUGCGAUACCAUACAUGAAUCAUUGUUGGAGACACAGCAGAAGGAGAGUCUUUCGAUGUUCCAAGUGCCGACUACAGUUUUUGACAUUGAAGGAGGAAAUAGAGCACGAAACCAAGAACCAUCAAACAUUUAAAAAGCCGGAGCAACUGCAAGGGUUGCCUCAUGAAACAGAAGUUAUUAUUCCAACUUCAGUUCAGCCAGGAUCAAGUGGUGUGGCUUCCAUUAUUGUGAGUGACACUGACCCUCCGCCUUCACCUGUAAAAACUAAAACGAUGGCUAUGAACACUUGAGAUUCCAGACUCCCUUGCAGCAAGGAU